AUGGAUCUGACCAGUAUGAUGAACGAGGAGAACGAGGCUCCGAGUCACGUGACGCAAGAUGGUGGCUCCGAGAACAACCGCGAUGUGAUGAAUCAGCAGCCUGGUCCUGGUGGUCCUGGUGGUCCUGGUGGUCCUACUCACCAGCAACAACACCAACCACCGCCUCUGCAACAAGCUCAUCUGGUGCCUUUGAACAGCUCUUCUACGACGACUGGCAUUGCUCCUGUUCCUGUGCUGGACAAGGAAGCGGCUCAUCAGAUGGAGCCUCGGACAGUUCAACAUCAAUCAUCUGUGGUCAAUCAGCCCCCCAGCUCUCCUCCUCCGCUCAAUGCCAUGGGGUUUCCUCGGUACAAAUCGUACAAGAAGAAGUACAAGAAGAUGCUGAUUCGGUUCAACAGCUGCAUGGCGCGGUCGACGGAGAUUUUCCGGGACGAUCUACGUGCGCGCAAAAUCUACAGCCGCAUUGUGCGUGAGAAUAUGACGUUGCUGGGUCUGAUGCAGCGGAAACGGGGAGAGGUCAAAGACAGUGACGUGGAGGAGGAUCUGGGCCCCGAGGUCGACGAUGAGGCCGAGGAAGCUGUCGUGGAGACCGAGGAUGACAACACCAUCCAUGGAUUGUCGGUCAAGCUGAUGGAGAAGGCCACGAACGAUGCGUACCAGUCUGUGCGGUCCGAGGAGGUCACCGAGCUGAAUCCCAACUCGAUAGGAAUGUGGCUCAAGAGAAACCAUUCGAUUCUGAACACGGAAGAGGAUCCUCAGGAGGAGGGAAGAAAACGACGCAAGGGCCCUGGCGGCGAGGAAAACCGUAAGAGGACAAAGAGAGGAAGUAUGAGUCAGGGAAGUAGUUAG